CUCACACACUCUGACACACUCUCACACACUCUGACACACUCACACACACCCUGACACACUCACACACACCCUGACACUCAGAGAGCAGGGAAGAAGACUCAUCCGACUCCCCAAACAGCAAACAUCAUGAAAAACGUCAAGAAUCGACACUGGUUUUUCAUAGAUCUACUGUGUUUCCUGGCUGGAGAUUUGGUUGACUCCUUUUCCCUGUCCUCCACCACCAGCCUCCAGUCCAUCGACACAGUGGUGGGAAACCAGGUGGUUCUUCCCUGCAGCUGGAAGAGGCAGCUGGGCCAGGCCCCGUCCACCUGCCACAUCCAGUGGACGAACCCGGCCGACACCACCGUGUUCGAGCUGCGGGGGGAGGAGAAGUGGCAGGCUGAGGAGUUUGAAGGUCGGGUGGAGGUCCCUAUGGACGGCCUCUGGUCUGGAGAUUGUUCUCUGAUCAUCAGAGAUGUCCAGAUCGGAGACACGGGGAGAUACGAGAGCUUCAUGGUGGUGGACGGAGCGAGGUCCAAGAAAACCCGAGUCUUCAUUCAGAGCGUCAAGUUGUCCGUGUUUGACCACAAGAACCACAUGUCUCACCGUCCAGGGGAGAGCUUGGUUCUGGAUCUGUACACCCGUCACUCCAUGAGAGUGGUCUUCCAGGGCAGGAACAGCUCGGAGUGGUCGGACCUGUGGAUGAGGAACGACAGAAACAGUCAUCGUUUGGAGAAACAUCAGGAGAAGGAGCAGCUGACCAUAAAGAACUUACAGAGCUCAGACGAGGGGACGUACAAAGUUCUGGACGAACACGGUCUCGCCGUCAGCACCGUGCAGCUCUCCGUGGAAGAAAAAUCCACUCCUCUCAAAUUCCACUUCUCAGGAGAUCAAGUCCCAACAGGUGCAGCUGCCAAACACAGCGGCUCGUCUCUCCUCGCCCUGUCUGUUCUUGUUGCAAGUUUCCAAAUUCUUCGUUUGGUCUGAGAUCAUUUCCCUCGUUGAACACCUGAACACACAUAUUGAAACCAGCCCUGCACUGUAACCAGCUUUCAUCAUCGUGUUUCUGAAACUGAUCAAGCGAUCAGGUGAGCUGUGUGUCGGCGGUCGGUAAAAGUCGAGUUUGGUGUUUUUAAAUUGUCCACGCAGUCAAAGUGCGUCCAACCCGUCAGCAGUGACAGCUCAGAUUGUCUGACAGCAUCAUGCAGGAUCCUGCAGAGGCGAGGCUGUUUGUGACUGACUGUUUAACCUGAAUCAGCAGUUAUGUCUCUGCGUUCAAAGACCGCAGACUUCAUCGACAAAAACAUCGGAGCGCUUUAAUUCAAACUCGACUCAAGAAACAAAAUAAAACUUUUUUCUUUGUUCGUCUUUCCACUUUUCCAACAACGAGCAGCUCGAGUUUGGUUGACAUAAACUCUUUAUAUGAGGAAAGAGUUUAUUUGACCAAACUGGUCGUUGAUUGUUGGGACAGUGGGAAGACAAACGGAGACGAGUUCAACUGAAUAAAGUGUGACGAUGUGAUGUCAGUGAAGUGUGCUGGCUUUGAAAGCAGCGAUACGACUGCUGCUUCUGGUUAAACAGAAAUCUGUUUCGUAGUCAGACACUAAAGAUCCGAGUCCGUCGGUGACGAGAUUACAGGUCUGCAGCCUGCGAGGUGGGAACAGUAAAGAUCAGAGUGAAGAGUGUGUGAGGUGUGAGUGCAGUGAGGAUUGUAGCAUUUAGACUUAGACGAGUGUUUCAAACAGAUUUCUGGCACAUCUUCACUUUCAGAGAGAAAGUCUGACGACGUCAAAACUCCAGCGACACGCAGCGAUGUGUCGCUGGAGUUUUGACCUCAGAGUUAGAGCCGGACAUCAACACCAUGAAGACGCAAAGCAGCUCGCCAAGAUUCAGAAACACAAGAUAAUUAAUAAAUAAAUGAACAAGCAGAGUUUAUGAAGCGUUCAGGACGAUUCAUCCAAAAAUAAAUAAUUCAAGUGAAAUAAUUUCAUGAUAAAACAGAACUGUAAAAGUGUUUUUAUCUGUUUUAUAUCUAAUAAAACAAUGAUUUAGUGAGUACUAGAGCCACAUUUAAAUAAAAAACAUUUUUGGAAUUAAUUAGGAGAAUAAAGUCGUUAUUAAAUAUGGUGAGAAUUAAUUACUCGCCGACUUUAAUUAUUAUUUAUUUAACUGUGGCCCUAAUACUGUCGUAAUGAUUGAAUGUCAUGUAAUAAAUAUAAAACAGCAGCUGUGUGAACGUUUGAGUGAUUUGUGAUAAGUCGAGCUGUUUGAUGUGAAGCUUAAAGUUUGCUGUGUGUCUGUAAUAAUCUCUUUAUAUUAUAAUCUAAUAUUAGAUUUUUUCUGGUAAAUAUUCACUUGUUGUAUUAUAUAAACAUGUGGUUAAGAAAUCAAACUUGCUCUUAUACCGUUAACCACUGGUCUGUGUCUGUGCAGUGAUCAAAUAAAGUUCAUUCAUAAAAAUGAGAAAUAAAAA